GCUGGACAAGAUGGCGGCUGCAGUUGUGUCUGAGGUGUGAGGUACCGCUGGUAAGAAAAAAAAUACAGAUGAGCCAUGCCUUGGGACAAGGUGGUUGUAAAGCAAACUGCCUUCACCAUGGUGAUGUGAAGUGGGUGUGACUGUAAUGGACAGGUGUAAGCACGUAGGUCGCUUGAGGCUUGCGCGGGACCACUCGAUCCUGAACCCGCAGAAGUGGCACUGCGUGGACUGUAACACCACCGAGUCUGUAUGGGCAUGCCUCAGCUGUUCGCACGUGGCCUGUGGGCGCUACAUAGAGGAGCACGCACUCCGACACUUCCAGGAACAGCGCCACCCUUUGGCCAUGGAGGUGAACGAGCUAUACGUGUUCUGCUACCUAUGCGACGACUACGUGCUGAACGACAACGCCACCGGCGACCUGAAGCUGCUCCGCAGCACCCUCAGUGCCAUUAAGAGCCAGCGCUAUGAGGUGACCACGCGGAGCGGGCGCACGCUGCGCUCCGCCACCGCCCUGCCGGACCAGCCCACACACGGCAACACGCAGGAGCUGCAGCUGCGUGACGAGGACCGGAUGUUCACGGCGCUGUGGCACCGGCGGCGCGCCCUGAUCGGCCGCGUCUUCCGCACCUGGUUCGAGCAGACGGAGCGCGGCAGGCGGCGUCUGGAGGAGGAGUGGCGCCAGGAGGCAGCGAAGGAGAGGAAGAGGGAGGCGCGCGAGCGACGGUGCAAGCUCAAGCGGCAGCACCGCGAGGAGUUGGAGAGUGCGCCGCCCAGGAAGAGCAACCGCAUCCGGAGGCAGAGUCGGAAAGCCGCGGCCGACCGUGACGGUUCGGUCGGACGCAAGCCUGCCCCACGGACUUCUGAAAACAGAACGCCUCAACAGAGGCCACGCCCCCCAACUAAGGCCAAUCUCACCCGGGCCCUGCCUCCUAAAACGGGUGACUCGCCCAUCAAGAGACGUCCCACGGUCACACCGGGGGUGACGGGCUUGCGGAACCUCGGCAACACGUGCUACAUGAACUCGAUAUUGCAGGUUUUGAGUCAUUUGCACGUGUUCAGGGAAUGUUUUUUGAGACUUGAUCUGAACCAAGCCCUGGAGCUUCUCGCCUCUGCUGUUAGUCACAAACUAGGGCUCUCGGGUCAGCACGCCAUCCAGCCCAAAACCUCUGGCGUGGGGUCGGGACUCAGUGGCGGGGCAUCGCGCUCCCGGAGCAUGGAGCUCAUCCAGCCUAAGGAGCCCAGCUCCAAACACAUCUCUCUCUGUCACGAAUUGCAUACAUUGUUCCAGGUGAUGUGGUCAGGGAAGUGGGCUCUGGUGUCUCCCUUUGCUAUGCUGCACUCUGUCUGGCAGCUGAUCCCGGCAUUUCGAGGUUACGCGCAGCAGGACGCACAGGAAUUCCUGUGUGAGCUUCUGGACAAGGUCCAGCACGAGCUGGAGCGAACAGGAACGCUGACGCCUGCUAGUGUGCCAGCCAGUCAGAGGCGGCUCAUCAAGCAAGUGCUCAGUGUGGUCAACACCAUCUUUCACGGCCAGCUACUGAGCCAGGUGAGGUGCCUGGUGUGUGAUCAUCGCUCUAACACAGUGGAGCCAUUCUGGGAUCUGUCAUUGGAAUUUCCAGAGCGUUACCACAGCAACAGUAAGGAUGUUGCACAUGUUGCAUGUGGAUUGACAGAGAUGCUGGCCAAGUUUACAGAAACAGAAGCUUUAGAAGGAGCUAUUUACGCCUGUGACCAAUGCAACAAUAAACGACGGCGCUUCUGCUCAAAGCAAGUGGUUCUGACCGAAGCUCAGAAACAACUGAUGAUCUACAAACUGCCUCAUGUCUUACGACUGCACCUCAAACGCUUCAGGUGGUCUGGUCGUAACCACAGGGAGAAGAUUGGUGUCCAUGUUGAGUUCGAACAGGAGCUGAACAUGGAGCUGUACUGCUGCAAAGACUCUGCUUCCAACACGUCAGCGCACCCCCAACACUUCCUCUACCAGCUCUCUGCUGUUGUAAUGCAUCAUGGGAAAGGCUUUGGUUCUGGCCAUUACACGGCUUUCUGUUACAACACAGAAGGAGGAUUCUGGGUGCACUGUAAUGAUUCAAAGCUGAGUGUAUGCACAGUAGAGGAAGUAUGUAAGGCACAGGCCUAUAUUCUCUUCUACACCCAGAGAAACACUCAGGAUAAAGGCAAGGUCAGCGACCUCUGACCCCUGCUUAGCAGCAAAUCAGCCACCAGAAAGACAUUGUUGUACAUUCUGUUGAAAACGGUUAUGAGAGUUAGUCUUUGUGUCUGUGUUAUUGUUGUAGCAUGUAUUGGUUCUGGAGUUGUGUCACACUCAUAUGCCUUACACAGAUUUUUGGCAGUAGGCACUCUUGAAGUGAUUGUGUGUGAGCUCACGUGAGAGAGCACAAAUAAAGCCAGCAUUAUUGCAACAUGUAUCUGUGCGUAAAAGGGGACCAAGAGUGGACUGAAGGUCUUGGCCCCCAUGAGGGUGGAUGCCUAAUGCUGCCCGUAAACCAAAGUGUAGAACAAACAUUUGAAUGAUGACUGUUCCCUGAUUUAUUCAGCUCUUUGCACAAAGAGACAAAUUGACCAACAACUGUGAUGAUAUGGGGUGGUUGCUUAUGGGUGUGUGUAUAAGGGAGGGUGAGUGGCUGGCAAGAUUACCACCAAUCCUCUAAAAGUGCCCUGCCAUAUUUAGACAAGUUUACCAAGACUGUUCUAGUGUUUUCAGCUACUUUUGAGUGCUCAGAACAAUUCAAACUAUUCAGGACUUGUGCUUCUUUUUUUAGAC